AUGAAAUCAUCGUUAUUUCGUUUGUCAUUUACUGCAAGAAUAGCGACAGAUACAAAUUCAGGGAAGUAUGACAUCCUCAAGUCCAAAUAUGAUGCUUUAGUAAAUGAGAAAAAUAGGAUUGAAAAAAGAAUAGCUGAACUCAGUGAAGUACUUCAACAAAAUGGAAAUGUUGAACUUGAUACUCCAUUAAUUGAUGAUGAAGGUUUUCCGCGUUCUGAUAUUGAUGUAGCUCUGAUACGAAUUACGCGAAAUAAUAUUCGUUGUUUAAAUACUGAUCACCGACAAAUAAUGCUUGAAUUAGAAACAGUGCUGUAUGAUAUACAUGAAUAUGCUCGUCAAAAUCCAUCUGAAAAUAAUUUUAAUCCUAAUGAAUUAAAAUCAAAUGAAAAUCAACAGGUUGAUGACAUGUCUGAAAUUGUGAAAAUUCCGUUUCUUCGAAUAGACCAGAUAUCACCUAAUUCAGUAGCAGAACAAGCGGAUUUAAAGGUUGGAGAUCAGGUGCUUCAGUUUGGUUCGGUAACUGCUAAAAACUUUACUUCUCUACAGGAUAUAUCUACGGUCUUCCGCAAUACACCUUCUGGUGGUUGCAUUAACAUGUCUAUAAUUCGAGGAGACAAGGUGAAUAAUGUGCUUUCUAUAUCACUGUUGAAACCAACUGGGAAUGUUAGUUUAGGAUUACAUGUCGUUCCUAUUCAACACCUGUGA